AUGUCGGAGGAGAAGCCCCCGGAAGGUGUGAAAACGGAGAACGAGCACAUCGACCUGAGAGUUGCCGGGCAGGACGGCUCCGUGGUGCAGUUCAGAAUCAAGCGGCACACUCCGCUGAGCAAGCUCAUGCAGGCGUACUGCUGCCGACAGGGCUUGUCAAUGAGGUACAUUAUGUUCCUGUUUGAUGGAAAGCCCAUUAAAGAAGCAGACACACCUGCACAGCUGGAGAUGGAACAUGAUGACACGAUCGAAGUGUACCAGCAGCAGACAGGAGGAGGCUGCUAAGACACAGCAUCUUUUGGAGAACAGUUUGAGGGUCCUCAUCACACUCCGCUCUCUCAUCUCUCCUUGGAUUUGCUGUUUUAUUAGGGAACAGAUGAACAUGCCAAUCACACAGGGUUCUUUGAAACUUCUCAGGAUAUUUACCAAAGUUGCUUGUUGUCUUUGACGUUCUGUGUGCACAAGUCAAAAUAGUAUCUGCAGGGAUUGAGCUAU